CCUGAUUCGGCCGUCUCCCGGUGUAUUGCCGCGGGAGUUUGGAGCAUGUGAGGAGCCGCCGGAGGAAUCACUAAUAUUUUCAUUUGUGUUUCCUCAGAUACUCCUGCCCCGGUCUGUGCCUUUAGAAGCGUGACGCUCAUCGGUGCUGGGAGCAGCCUGCUGCGGGACGGACAAUAUCAUCACACAGCCAAGAUGGUGGCAUUUAACUGGAAGGCUUUGGAGAAUUUCCCAUUGCUGAUGUACAUUUUGGCCGCUAAAACAUUGAUUCUUUGCUUAGCAUUUGCUGGAGUAAAAAUGUACCAGAGCAAAAAAAUUGAAGAAAAACUAAAGAGGGAACGUGAAGAGAAAUUUAAAACAGAAGUAGGGAAGAAGGAUGAUUGAAGAGUCUCAGGUACAGAAUUUAUUCAACAUCCUGGUGUUCGAUAAUGGCAUUGACAUAUUAAACCCAUUAUGUUUUGGCUUUGAUACAUUUGGAUUGUGCAGUUAGAACUAUCACCAUUAUCUGAGUUCUUGUAAUAUUUGUUUCCUGCGAUGCUUCAGCUUAUUUGCACACCCAUAUCAUGCCCAUUCUUUGUAAGAGCUGCAGUUGCCACCAGAAAACUUGGCAGCCAUGUUUCGUGAUUUAAGAGAUCUUAGCACGGUAUUCCUUCUCUGCUUUUAAUCUCCCUGAAUUUUUAUGCCCAGCCAAUUGCACAGGAAAUCCUGAUAUGUAAAGAGAUGGUUAAAUUGGCAGAAAGCGCACGAGAGGCAUGACGGACAGGAUGAUGCAGUCAGACCUCUUGGCCUUAAAUCACAUAAUUAAGAUGGAAAAGAAUCAGCCAUUCCAUAUUAGUUAAACACAUGACAAGCUGUAGAUAGUUUAGCUGGAAGCGCCAAAUCUCAUGCCGUGGAGCUUCCCAAGGUAACAGAAAUGCUACAGGUUAUGCUAUGUAACAUCCACUAUAUAUACUUCCCUGAGAAAAAUGGACAUCUUUCUGCAGAAAAGAGCAAAAUGAACAUUACAAAAUUUCUCGAGGUUUUCUGUUUUCAUUCCCUCUGUGCUGAAUUCCUUCCCGCUGUUUUCAAAGUUUAAGCAAUCAUUGCCGUAUUGGAUCAAGUCCAUUAACGAAAUGAGUGCUGACUAGUGCUAAGAUUAUAUUCCCUGACUUGUUUGGUAUGUGAUUUUUGUAUCAGUUUGUUUCACAUCUCUCUGUUCUGCAGCAAAAUGGGAAUUCUAUUCCUGCCUGCCCUUUGUAAGCUCUGUGGGAGUUUGAUGUAAUGUCACUCUUUAUUAAACUAAAAAACCUUACUUUCCCCUUUUGAGGUCAUCACCUCA